AUCAAAUUUAUCGAUAGGCAUCGAACAGCUGACUGCGAAAGAUAUUGGAUUGCCGCAUCACGGAUUGUUGACAAAAUCGAGUGUUUUUUAUGUUUAAGUGAAUUUCUGAAAAUGGAAAACUUUUGUCGUACUUGCGGCAAGACUAUUAACUUGGAUGCCGACAACUGCUUAAAAAUAUAUUCUCCCUUGGCACGUCCAUUGCUAAGGUGCGUUCGCAACAUAACAAACUGCUGGUUGGAAAAUAUAACAGGUGGACCUAUUUAUUUAUGUUUCGCUUGCCAAAGACUGAUAAAGAAGAUUGAUGCGUUUCGAAAACGGUGCGCCAAAAUCGAAGCCUUUCUAGCGAAACGCAAAAGAAAACGUGAAGGAGCAAGUGUAUUACCAUCAAACAGAAAUGCAGAUCCACUGCAAAUUGAGGCAUUAGAGUCAAAUGAUCUUGUUGUGAAGGCAGACCCAGAAACAAACUGUGGAGGAAGUGAGCAUAAGACACAGCAAGAGCAUGUGGCGAAUUCUCGUGAGAAUGUUUUGGAUGAGAAGCAACCUGAAAGUGCCUGUAGUUUGGAAGAAACACAAAGCAAAAAACUGAAAACUGACACGCAAAAAUAUGCAAUGCGUGUGGGUAAACGAACAAUGUAUAUUCGGCUAACCAAUGAGAAGCAACCAAAGCGCAUUGUCGAUCGUGAACGCCAAUGGUCAUCAGCCCAGCCCUGCAUAUGUGAGCACUGCGGACGCCAGUUUAAAGAUGGCAGUAAUUUAAAUGUACAUCUGUUGCGCCACACCGGCACUAAGAACUACGAAUGUAAUGUGUGCCAUGAGAAAUGCUAUACAUUACAUCUGCUGCGGCGCCACAAGCUGAAGCAUACAGAAGGUCCAUACCAGUGCACAUUUUGUGGUCUACAGUAUAGCACAAAUAGUUCACGCGUGCGACAUGAGCGUGAGGCAUGCAAAAAAGGCAGAGCCCCACAGUCUAAAACGGAGAUAAUUAAACGUGGGGAGCGCACUUUUCACUGCGACACCUGCGAUCUUUGGUUUCUGCGCGCAGGUAAUUUAGCCCAGCACAUGAAUUCUUCAAAUCAUAUUACCAAUGAGCGCCGCAAGCAACGCAAAUCUCAAUCGAAGCUAAACAAACUGAAAGCUUAAAAGUAUUUUACAUAGAGUUUAACAUUUAUAAAAGCAUUAAAAUUACUAUAGCUAAAAGUC